UCAGAGCCGUUAACAUCUUACCCCGUUCCAAGAGAGUACAAGUCAUGGCAAAGCACAAGCUAGAGAUAUUCCUAGCUUUCUUCGUGGUAGGAGCAGCCUCAGUCCUGGGAGGUCCACGCCUGGUCAUGUUGACAAAUCAUACACGGGGAGAUUUCAUAGUGGCCCAGGACGUUUGGCUACAGACAAGCCUCUCCUACGGGAAUGGAACCGUCUACUGGACUGGAAGUGCCCUCUGGAGCGGGAUCGUCAGCUCAAUAUGCGCUUGUCGAAAUAUGUGUUGGGCUAUGGCUACCUGCCUCACAUUCUCGUACAAUGCAGUGAGCUCUCAAUGUGUCGUAACUGACAAAGGACCUCAUGAAUAUUACUUCACUUCAGGCACUGGAAGCCUUAUCGUGUAUUUCACGAGAGCCUUCGGCACGUAUUCCUCCACUAAGGGUCCUGACGGCUUCCUCUAUGCGAUAUCCAGUUUCACCAACGAUUUUAAUGCUUCAAAGGAUGCUUGUUCCAGGAUACCAGGUCACAGACUCGGCGUUAUUCGUAAGAUGAAUCAGAUGGACUUCUUUAUAAACCUAUGGACACAGUCAGGCUCGUCAGGGACCUGGGUCGACCUGAUAGGAACCACCGGUGGCAUGCGGUGGGGGGACGGAACUUACAUGGAUAACACGGAACUCAAAGGAAAAGUGGAAAUAGUUGAAGUCAUGGAUUUGCCCUACGCGUUUAGGUACACCUCUGGCAGGUUAGAUGACAUGUCUUUGGGUAAUUCCUACAGAUUUCUCUGCCAGGCUGAUCCUUCGGGAAAUGGGUGGUAAGGAGGUAGAGAGCGAAUUGUGAGGCAGGAAGGGACUUUGAGACUUUUCAAGCAGCAUCAAUGAGAUUUCGCUUCGAGUUUCUCCCCUACUUGCGCAGGAUUGGCAGAGCGAUGUGACAGAGCCUAUGGCCACUACUGUUGGACUUUGUAUCUCCCGCGUUUUGCAUUGGGUUUGCAGAGCAGAAUGGCCUAGGAUUUGUAGAACUGGACAACACAGAUUUCGUCUGCUGUUUCUGUGUGCUUAGAUCAUUCCACUUCUAUCUUAAGAUUUGUAAGGAAGGAUGACAGAGACUUUGUCUGCUGUUUCUGUUUGUUUAAAUCAUUCCACUUCUUGCCUAAGAUUUGUAAGAGAGGAUGGCAGAGAUUUUGCCUGCUGUAUCUGUGUGAUGAAAUCAUUCCACUUCUUGCUUAGGAUUUAUAAGGCAAUAUGACAGAGGUUUCGUCUGCUGAUCUUUUGCGUGAUUCAUUCCACUUCUUGCAUAGGAUCUGUCAGGAAGGAUGACAAAGAAUUUGCAUGUUGCUCUUGUGUGCUUCAUUUACUAUUCUUUUCCACGUGUGCUACUGUUUUGAUUGAUAUACUUGCAAAUUAGUUAUUCUGUAUUGUUCUGCACUUAGCAUUGUUAUAUAUUCACAAAGCGUUUAGGUGGUAUUGGCCUAAAUUAAACAUUUUGAUGUCUACAUUUUAUCUUGAAUUGUUCACCACAAAACUUUAUGAUGCAUCUCCAAAAUAGACUAAGUGCACUGUUGUAUACUGAGCAUUAACAUCUGUAAUAUUUACAGAGAAUUUUGACUGUAUCUUUCUGUACCAAACUUUAUUAUAUAUUUAGCAAGUAGUAAGGUUGUUUGGUAUUGCACUGACCUUAAUUAUAUAUUAUUCUAAACUAAUCCUUGUGACGCAUUUACAAAGUACGUAGAUUAUAGAGUUGUGUACUAACCUGUAUAAAAUGUUGUGCUGUACUGAUCUUGUACUAUUCAGAAAUGAACCAGAUUGUAGUUUGCAAGUACAGUUUGUUUGU